AUGAACAGCGAUGUCUUGUACGAAGUUAUCAAGUACCUGGACUUCCCGGUGAGGAAUAGAAGGAUACAGGAGGUACAGCUGAGCAGGAAUAAUUCCAGAAGAAUGAUGAGGCUAAACAGGGAUCUCAUUGAGAAGAAACUAUCUGAUCGUCCACAGAUAAUCGAUCUAAGAACAUCCAACAUAUAUAAAGAGCAUGGAAUAAACUUCCAUAGGAUACAUAAGAAAUUGUCAGAUGUUUUUCAUCGGAGAGGUUCCCCUCCAUUUCCAAACGUGUCCGCCACUCUGGCAGGAACAGUCAAGAUCAUGGACUUCAAGCUAAGGAGGAUAAUACUUGCAUCAAGAAUAGGCAGUAAAAGAUAG